AAGAGAAGAGAAGAGAAGAGAGACAGUUAUGGAAUCGGAAGGCUUCAUUUUCAAAGCCCUGGUUUUCUCUUCUGUUCCACUGAUUAUGGUCUUCUACUGUGUUUUGAGAGUUGUUUAUUCCAUUUGGUGGAGACCCAAAACCCUUGAAAAGCUCUUAAAGCAGCAAGGAAUCAGAGGAACCUCCUACAAACUUCUUUAUGGUGACAUCAAAGAGAUUAAGAGGUUGACCCAGGAAGCAUGGUCCAAGCCGAUGCCUUUGAACCACCAGAUUGCCCCACGUGUCUUCCCUUUCUUUUAUCACAUGGUGCAAAAAUAUGGAAAAAUUUCAAUGACUUGGACAGAAAGAAGACCAAGGCUGAUAAUAGCAGAGGCAGAAAUAGUGAGGUUGAUAUUAAACGGAGAUUUUGAAAAGCCACCGCUCAACCCUCUUUUGGAUCUUCUCACACUGGGAGUCAACACCUUGGAAGGAGACAAAUGGGCCAAACGCAGAAGAUUGAUUUCCCCUGCUUUCCACCACCACAAACUACAGGGGAUGGUGGCACCAUUUUCAACAAGUUGCUGCAAACUAAUUGAUGGAUUAAAGAAGCUGCUGCUUACUCCUCAAGGAUCCUCUGAGCUCGACAUUGCAACCGAAUUACAAAAAUUUUCUGUGGAUGUGAUUGCUCGAACAGCCUUUGGAAGCAGCUGGGAAGAAGGAAAGCAGAUAUUUGAACUUCAAAAAGAGCAAAUUGUGCUUGUGAUCGAGGCAUCCCAAGCAAUUUACUUCCCUGGUUUGAGAUUUGUACCUACUAAAAAGAACAAGAGGAGAUACGAGAUUGACAACAAGAUCAAAGGAAUGUUGCGGGAUAUGAUCGAGAGGAGAGAAGAGGCAAUGCGAAUUGGAGAGUCGGAGGAGAAUGAUGACUUGCUGGGAUUGUUGCUGCAGUGCAAACAGGGAGUUGAUAACGAGAUGAGUACAGAGGAUGUGAUUGAGGAAUGCAAGCUGUUCUACUUUGCAGGCCAGGAGACCACUGCUAACUGGCUGACGUGGACAAUCAUCCUCUUGUGCAUGCACCCUGAAUGGCAAUCGAAGGCAAGAGAGGAGGUCCUAAGGUUGUGUGGCAAAACAACACCUGACCUUGAAACUAUAAAACACCUCAAGAUUGUGUCAAUGGUUCUACAUGAAGUCCUAAGGCUAUAUCCACCAGUGACGGGUCUAUUUCGAUAUACUAGGAAGAGAAGCAAUAUUGGGGGGAUGUGGAUUCCUGAAGGGGUAGAGUUAUACUUGGCUACAAUGAUGCUGCAUUAUGAUCCUAAAUAUUGGGGAGAAGAUGUGGAAGAAUUCAAACCGGAAAGAUUUUCAAAAGGAGUCUCAAAUGCAACAAAGGAGGGUGAAAAUACUGCAUUCUAUCCAUUUGGGUGGGGACCUAGAUUCUGCCUAGGCCAAGCCUUUGCUAUGAUUGAAGCAAAAUUGGCUCUGGCAAUGCUUUUGCAGAAUUUUUCAUUUGAGCUCUCCCCUUCUUAUACUCACGCCCCCUACACCGCUAUAACUCUUCAACCACAACAUGGAGCUACAAUUAUACUCCACCAAAUCUAAGUCCAACUCCAAUAAAUAAGUCUGAGUCCAAGUCUAAGUCAUUUAUAUGCGAGAAAUAAUAAAUUCGACUGAACCCAUCAACAUUUUUUUGUUGUUGGAUUAGUGAAAAUAAGUUGCGGGAGGUGAAAGGGAACAGUUUUAUAUUGUUGUGUUAUGCUAUUUUUAUUAAUGUAAGCUUUCGAUUUCAAGAGUUUGAAUCUAUAUAUGGUUUUGUUCA